UUGGUGCCGACUCUAUCGAAAUUAAUUUAUUUGUUAUUGUCGCUCCGUUUGGACUUGUUUGUCGAGUUAGCCGCGAUGUCAAUUUACGCCGACGUUCAGAAAGGACCCGCCAUCGAGGUCUUCGCCUUGACACAGGCCUUCAAGGACGACAGCAAUCCCAGCAAGGUCAAUUUGUCGGUGGGCGCUUACAGGACAGAUGCUGGAGUUCCUUGGGUUUUGCCUGUGGUGCGCAAAACCGAAAUCUCCAUUGCCAGCGAUGAGGCUGUGAACCACGAGUAUUUGCCAGUGACUGGACUCGAUACGUUUACAAGUGCUGCCACAGAAUUGGUGCUGGGUGCUGAUUCCCCUGCCAUCAAGGAGAAUCGCGCCUUUGGAGUGCAGACCAUCUCGGGCACAGGAGCCCUGCGCAUUGCCGCUGAUUUCCUGCACAGACAGCUGAACCGCAACGUGGUUUACUACUCGAAUCCCACAUGGGAGAACCACCACAAGAUCUUCUCCGAUGUGGGCUUCACGACCCUGAAGUCGUACCGCUACUGGGACCAAAACAAGCGUCAGCUGGACUUCAAGAACAUGGUGGCCGAUCUGGACCAAGCCCCGCCCGGUGCUGUGAUCAUCCUGCACGCCUGUGCCCACAAUCCCACCGGUAUUGACCCCACCCAGGAGCAGUGGAUCGAGCUGGCUGAUUUGUUUGAGAAGAAGAAGCUCUUCCCACUGUUUGAUUCCGCCUACCAGGGCUUUGCCAGUGGCGAUCCGGAUCGCGAUGCCUGGGCCGUGAGGUACUUUGUGCAGCGUGGCUUUGAGCUCUUCACCUGCCAGUCGUUCGCCAAGAACUUUGGCCUCUACUGCGAGCGUGCCGGCAACCUGACGGUGGUGCAGCAGCAUGGUUCCACCAAGGCGGCGGUUCACUCCCAGCUGACGCUGCUCAUCCGUGGCCAGUACUCGAAUCCGCCCGCCUACGGUGCCCGCAUUGUGUCGAAGGUUCUGAAUACGCCGGAGCUGCGCAAGGAGUGGAUGGAGUCCAUCCAGACCAUGUCGAGCCGCAUUCGCGAGAUGCGCAAGGCGCUGCGGGAUAAGCUUGUGGAGUUGGGAACACCCGGCAACUGGGACCACAUCGUCAACCAGAUCGGCAUGUUCUCGUACACGGGCCUUAACGAAAGUCAGGUGCGCGUUCUGAUCAACGAUUUCCACAUCUACCUGCUGAGGACGGGACGCAUCAACAUGUGUGGCCUGAACACGGGCAACAUUGAGUACGUGGCCAAGGCGAUCCAUGCCUCGGUUACCGGAGAAACUGCAGCCUGUCCCUGCGACAACAAAUUGUAAACGUACCAAUAUUACCCGAUCGAUGGAGUGUGCAACGAUUAGCUAUAUUAUGAGUGGAAAGAACUCAAUGUCAGAUCGCAGAUGUCUGCACAAUUAGCAUUUAAAUCAAACCAACAGCAAUUGCAAUUACUAAACGUUUAUACACGGCUUUUAGAUGGAUAUAUUAUACACUUGAAAUGGUCAAAUCAGUAUGGAAAUUAUGUCCCACAUUGGAUUGAAUAGUUUAUACAAAUUGUGCACAACCGAGGGCCGUCAAAGAUUGGUUAAAUAAUGUUUAGUUUACCGAAUCUUUAUUGACUUGUGUGUAGAAAUUAGUUACAACGACAAUAACACUACUGAAGUAUUU